CACGAGUAAAUUUGGCGCACAUCAAUUGUCAACACAAAUGUCCAUGAGCUAGCAAGUCAGCGGCCGGUGGGAAUGUUUUGUGAGGGGUUUUUACUUUCCUUAAUGUAUUUUUGCACGUUUUCUUUAAAUGAUAAUAAAUCUUAUUGUAAAUCCAAGUGAGCUUUUUCCUACAUAAAACUGCCUCUGCGUUUUAAAUGAUAAGAGACUCGCUAAUCAGGACAGGGGCUCUUCAGUAGGGUCGCGUUGUGGAGAAUCGGUGAUUGUAUUUAAUAUAUAAACCCUGUUCUUUAGGAAGCAAAGAUUUACUCUGUUAAAACGAAGCACGUUAACUGAAACGCUGCUAUGGAUUUUAGCUGACAAUGAUCAACCUUCUGUAACUCAACCCCACUGAUCUGAUCAGCCAUCUCCACUUUCCUAACGUGAUUAUGGCAACUCUUACAAGACAGGACCUGAACUUCGGUCAAGUGGUCGCUGAUGUCCUGUGUGAGUUUCUGGAAGUGGCCAUUCACCUUAUUUUGUAUGUCAGAGAAGUGUAUCCAUCCGGUAUUUUCCAAAAGAGGAAGAAAUACAAUGUACCUGUUCAGAUGUCCUGUCACCCUGAGCUGAAUCAGUACAUCCAAGACACACUCCAGUGUGUUAAGCCACUUAUUGAGAAGAAUGAGGCAGAGAAAGUGGUGGUGGUCAUCAUGGAUAAAGAGCACCAUCCAGUGGAGAGAUUCGUGUUUGAGAUUUCCCAGCCUCCUUUGCUGUCUAUCAGUUCUGACACCCUGUUGUCUCAUGUGGAGCAGCUGCUGAGAGCUGUGAUCCUGAAGAUCAGUGUGUGUGAUGCUGUUUUAGACAACAACCCUCCAGGAUGCACAUUCACAGUUCUGGUUCACACUAGAGAAUCUGCCUCUAGAAACAUGGAGAAAGUCCAGGUGAUCAAGGACUUUCCUUGGAUUGUAGCAGAUGAGCAAGAAGUCAUCAUGCAGGAGCCCAGACUUAUUCCUCUGAAAACGAUGACCUCAGACAUAGUAAAGAUGCAACUUUAUGUAGAGGAACGUGCACACAAGGGACAGCAAAACGUACCAUGAAAAGUAAUACACCUAAUAAAAAGUUCUCUCUUUGUUUAAUACUAAGCCUUAUUUCUGUUUUUCUAACUAUAGACCUCUACAGCUCUUUCAACCGAUUCUAUUUUUGACAUUUCCUGUUUCAAAACCACAAUCAUAUCAGGGUACUUACCUUGAUACACAUUUUAAGCACGUAUGUAUGGAUUAACAGAAAUCAUUAAAUUCUUCAUGUCAAGAACUCUUGCCACUUCUCUUUGAGGGGGAAAAAAAAAAUUGUGUGUAAUUAACUUGAGCUGUUACGUUUGCACUUUGUGUUGGAAGUUAAAAUGUAUUUAAAAUAAAAAAAAAAGGUGUGCGCACCCACGUUUUUAACCAGGUUUGGCCUGAAAGUUCACUUGAAGUGAAAUAUGUACGUUUUCCAAAUGUAUUAAUAAAAUAUUUUAUACCUCCA